CGUCGUGCAGAAGCCGGCUCGCGGCGUCUCGGAAGCGCAUGCUCCGGAGCGAACACCGGACGUUGGAGGUGGUUGGUCCGUGAGAAUUGAUGGAGGAGAUUCGAGGUGGUUAUUUCCAGUCAGAGAAGGAAGCCGGUGUCUGCUGCUCUCUCUGCAUGUUUCCCUGCCAUGAUCAGGUGUCUGUCAGAUGAAGUACAAGCCAAGUUGCGUUCUGGUUUAGCCCUAAGCUCCUUAGGCCAGUGUGUUGAGGAACUUACCCUUAACAGUAUUGAUGCUGAGGCAACAUGUGUGGCCAUCAGAGUGAAUAUGGAAACCUUCCAAGUUCAAGUGAUAGACAACGGACUUGGGAUGGCGGGGGAUGACGUGGAGAAGGUGGGGAACCGGUAUUUUACUAGUAAAUGCCACUCAGUACGGGACCUGGAGAACCCAACGUUUUACGGUUUCCGAGGAGAGGCCUUGGCAAGUAUAGCUGACAUGGCUAGUGCUGUGGAAAUUUCAUCCAAGAAAAGCACAACAUUGAAGACCUUUGUGAAGAUGUUUCAGAACGGAAAAGCCCUCGCCGCCCGUGAGGCGGACUUGACCAGACCGAGCGUGGGGACUACAGUGACGGUCUAUAACCUGUUUUACCAGUUUCCUGUACGGAGGAAAAGCAUGGACCCUAGACUAGAGUUUGAGAAGGUUAGGCAGAGGGUGGAAGCCCUCUCACUUAUGCACCCCUCCAUUUCUUUCUCUUUGAGGAAUGACGUUUCUGGUUCCAUGAUUCUUCAGCUCCCUAAAACCAAAGACAUAUGUUCUCGGUUUUAUCAAAUUUAUGGAUUGGGCAAGUCCCAAAAGUUAAGAGAAAUACAUUAUAAGUAUAAGGAAUUUGAGUUUAAUGGCUACAUCAGCUCUGAAGCACACUACAAUAAGAAUAUGCAGUUUUUGUUUGUGAACAGAAGACUAGUUUUAAGAACAAAGUUGCAUAAACUUAUUGACUUUUUAUUAAGGAAAGAAAGUAUUAUAUGCAGGCCAAAGAAUGGCUCUGCCAGUAGGCAAAUGAAUUCAAGUCCUCGACACCGUUCUGCCUCAGAACUCCAUGGGAUAUAUGUAAUCAACGUGCAGUGCCAGUUCUGUGAGUACGAUGUGUGCAUAGAGCCAGCCAAAACUCUGAUUGAGUUCCAGAACUGGGAUACCGCGUUGAUUUGUGUUCAGGAGGGAAUAAAAAAGUUUUUAAAGCAAGAAAAAUUAUUUGUAGAAUUAUCAAGUGAAGAUAUUAAGGAAUUUAAUGAAGAUAAUGGUUUUAGUUUGAUUGGUACAACACUUCAGACACAGUCUACUCAUGAGAAGUGUGACCAGAGCAGUUUCCAGGAAGCAUGUAAUAAUAUUUUGGAUUCCUAUGAAAUGUUUAAUUUGCAGUCAAAAGCUGUGAAAAGAAUAGCUACUUUAGAAAAUAGAACCACACAAAAUUCUGGCGAUUCAGGAGCUAUCAGAAAAAAGACAGAGGACUCAUACACUUAUGAAUCAGAUGACCUGGGCCAUAGAAAAACGGUAGAGUCUGCGUUAUACAACAGCGACAGUGCUUACUUAGGAUCAAGGAUGUCAGAAGAAGACAUAGCCAAAACAUCACACGCUGGAGAAAAUGAGAAAUGGAAAAAAUCUUUGUUGGAAAAUAGGACUUCAGAAAGGCCACAUGAAACCAGUCCAAAAAUGUUUUCAGGCCCCAUUCAAACUCAUCAUCCCCUUGAGGAGAGUGAGGCAGAUCUAGAAAUAGAGACGAAAAGUAGUACUGUUAAUGUCAUGGCUGCCAACAUUCCUCCAAAUAGUGAAAUCCAGAGUCAACUGGAGCAACUUGAAGACGCUCCUGAAGUGGGGUGCCAACCUCUGCCCUUUGAGACAACAUUAUUAAGAGCACAGGGUACUCGGAAGAAGGCGGAGAGAAAAAAGGAGCCCAGUGGCCAUGGAAGAGUGAAUGUUUUUAGUUAUGGACAGGUUAAAUUGUGCUCCACUGGCUUUAUCACUCAUGUGGUACAACGUGAACCCGCCAAGUCACCUGAAACAGAACAGUCGUUUAAAAAUUAUGCUCGGCCUGGUCCUGUAAGUGCCCAGGAAGCAUUUGGAAACAGAACACACCAUGCAAGUGAGACUCCAGACAGCAGCGGUUUAACGAGCACUUUAAGUAAAGAAUCCACUCAGCCGCCCCACAAAAGAUUCUGCAGAACAAGUACAGCUUAUGGGACAGAGAACAAACCUGUAGCAACAGAUGACAACUUGGCCCUUUUUCAGAGAAGCCGUAAAGAAUCACACACAGAUUGCUUUUUGCCUGAUACAUCCUCCUUUCCGUGGUGUAGAAACGUUUCCGGUGGUUGUGAGAAAAUAGGUAAAAUGGGUUCCUUCAAACACGUAGUCCGUAGGAAGCUAAGCUUGCGUUCACAAAUAGGGUCUUUAGAGAAGUUUAAGAGGCAGUAUGGGAAGGUUAGCAAUUCCCUAGCUGCAGAAGAGGACAAUGACACUGACGUCAGGACCCAUCUUGAGCCUCACAAUGAACCCGAUGUUCUUCUGAAAGAUAAGAGCCUCGCAGAUAUGUCUGAUGGUGGUGAGAUCACUCCAUCAGAGCACAGUGAUGGAUGUCAACCAUUACGUCCCAUCCUGUACCCAGAGACACUUUCCAAAGAAGAUCGCUUAGAACAGAGGCCUGGUUUGAGAGAAAGUCCUAUCACUCUGGCGGAAUUGCUCCACUGUAACAGAAAACCUUCUGAGGUUAAGAAGUCCACUGAAGCCCUGGCUUCUAAAUUAUCCAGACUCAAGGAUUCUGAAAAAGAGAUGCAAACCAUGGAGAUGGCAGGUCCUGUUAGUGAACGUCCAGACUCAGAUCCCAGUUGGAAAGACAAUAGCCAGUGCGCUAGGCUGGACUUACAUUUUUGUGAAUUAUUUAAAAAUAAACUUGAAAAAACAGAGAGUGGAGUGCUUCCAAUGCCAGAUUCUGCCCCAGAGGAUGAUUCCAUCAAUAAAAACAGCGUGCUGUGUUCUAACAGUGUAACAGAUGACAGGGAGAAACCAGAAACUUCCUUGCUGUUACCCUGUAGUGAUUCUAAAAUCAGCAAAGAUUCCCAUGUUCUUAUCAGAGCCUCAGAGCAACAGAGCAGAAGCCCUGACUCUGCCAGCAGGGAGGUAGCGCGUCAGGUAGAAGAUAGCGCCGGCAGCCAACGUGGAGUCUGUUCCCAGAGCCACGGAUUUAAAGCAAGAUCUUGUUCUGACAAUGAAGAAUCAAGUACGCACAGUAUGGACUGGCAGCAGCAUUUCGACGUAACCCUGGGAAGAACGGUCUACAUCAACAGAAUGACAGGGCUUAGCACGUUUGUUGCUCCUACUGAUGACAUUCAGACUCCUUGUACUAAAGAUCUGACAACCGUGGCUGUGGAUGUCCUACUUGGGAAUGGGGUCCAGUACAGGUGUCAUCCUUUUAGAAGCGACCUUGUUCUUCCUUUCCUCCCAAGAGCUCAGGAAGAGAGGACCAGGCGGAGACACAACAGAGAUGCUGUGGAUGCUGCUGCUGUCAGUGAACCACUUCAGUCUUUGUUUUCAGAAUGGAGCAAUCCAGUGUUUGCCCGAUACCCAGAGGUUGCUGUUGACGUCAGCAGUGGCCAGGCUGGGAGCUUAGCCGUUAAGAUUCACAAUGUUCUAUAUCCCUAUCGCUUCACCAAAGAGAUGAUCCACUCAGUGCAGGUUCUCCAGCAAGUGGAUAACAAGUUUAUCGCCUGCUUAAUGAGCUCGAGGACGGACGGGAGUGGCCAAGCAGGUGGAAACCUGUUAGUCCUGGUGGACCAGCACGCUGCCCAUGAGCGCGUUCGUUUGGAGCAGCUUAUCACUGAUUCCUAUGAGAAACAAGCUCCACAAAGUGCUGGCCGGAAGAAAUUACUGUCUUCCACAAUAAUUCCUCCACUAGCGAUCACCGUGUCAGAGGAGCAAAGGAGACUCUUACGGUCUUACCACAAACAUUUGGAAGAUCUGGGCCUUGAGUUGCUCUUUCCAGAUGCUAGUGAUUCUUCGAUCCUGGUGGGAAAAGUGCCACUCUGCUUUGUAGAAAGAGAAGCUAAUGAACUUCGAAGAGGACGAUCUCCUGUGACUAAGAGUAUUGUGGAGGAAUUGAUUCGAGAACAGCUGGAGCUGCUCCAGACCACGGGAGGUAUCCAAGGGACACUGCCGCUGACUGUCCAGAAGGUGUUGGCCUCCCAGGCCUGCCACGGGGCCAUUAAGUUUAAUGACCGUCUGAGCCUGGAGGAGAGCUGUCGGCUUAUCGAAGCUCUGUCCUUGUGCCAGCUGCCAUUUCAGUGUGCUCAUGGGCGACCUUCAAUGCUGCCCUUAGCUGACCUGGACCACUUGGAGCAGGAAAAACAGGUUAAACCCAGUCUUACUAAACUUCGCAAAAUGGCUCAUGCCUGGCAUCUCUUUGGAAAAGCAGAAGGCUGUGAUACAAAGCAGGAGCCACAACAGCCCGUACCUCCUUGUGAGCCACCGUGAGAAGAGUUAUAAGGAGAUGGGUGCUGUGCCCCUGCGCGAGCGGAGAGCAGUACAGCUGUGAGCGGUCGCUGGCCCUGGGUCGCGGGCACAUCUGUCCUGGGGCAGUGAG